AUGAACAAGAUCGACCUUUUUCAAGACAAGAUUUUGCACAGCGGACGGCACCUGCGGCUCUACCUGCCCGAGUUCAAAGGCGCCGACUGUGACGUGGACUCGGCCGCCCGCUUCCUGGCCGGCGCCUUCGUUUCGCUCAACAAGGCGCCCGAACGGCUGGUGUACCACCACUUCACCACGGCAACCGACACCUCCAACGUCCAGGUCGUCUUCCAGGUCGUCAUGGACACCAUCAUCAAAGAGAACCUGGAGGCCGUCUCGCUCCUGUAG